GCGGGCUGUUGUUGUGGUAGUUCAAGAAAAAAGCGAGGACGACGUCCGGGUCGCAGCUGUGUGCCGCAACACCGCUAUUCCUCUCCUGCUGCUCACCUCACACUCCUCAUCCAGUCCUCACAAUGAGUAUCAGCCGAAAUAAACCACAAGAUAUCAAGCAGUUGAUGCAAGAGCAGCUGAAAACAAAGGCUGUCACCAAGCAGAUUGAUUCUCCAUAUGCCAAAUACAACAGCCGGGGACAGCUGAUGUGUGUGGUGUGCGGAACAGUGGUGAAGAGUGCAAUCAUCUGGCAAGCACAUGUUAAUAAGAGAUCUCACCUGGAGAAUCUUACAUCACUCAAGAAAAAGCAACAGCAGUUAAACAAUCAGCCAUUAAGCAGCAAGAGUAGCAGUGCCAAAUCAUCGGGGCAACUCAAACGACCUGCUUCUCCUGUCGCUCAGUCUCCCAACAAGAGAGCAGCAACAAGUGCAAGUAAACCUAAAGGUAUCUUAAAGAAGGUCAGUAUAAACUCCUCAUCGGAUGACAGUGAUGAGGAAGAACAGAAGCCAGUUUUAGCAACACAAAUUAAAGAAGAAAAUGGUACUACAAAGGAAAUAUCAAAUGGGGUUCCUGAAGGCUUCUUUGAUACAGAGGAAACUCCUCCAAAAUCUCAAGAAGAUGAAUCAAUAUACCAAGAAAGACCACCCAAGCCCAAAGAUCCACCAAAACCUAAUACAACGGAAGUUUUACCGGAGGGAUUCUUUGAUGACCCUGUGGCUGAUGCAAAGGCACGCAAAGUAGAAUAUAAAGAUAAAGACGCUGAAGAGUGGAUGUCAUUUAUGCGUGAAGUCUCUGCCGCUGAGCAGGAAAGCAGAAUGAUCAUUGAAGAAGAUAAAGAAGAAGCUGCCUUAGCCACUCAAAUUGAACAAGCCAAUGACCAGAUUGCUUGUUUAGAAAGAGUCGUUGAACUGGAUAAGAAGAAAACAACGCAACUUAAAGAAAGAGGGAAUCAGAAAGCUGAUUCAGAUGGUAGUGAAGAUUCCAGUGAUGAAGAAUUUGCUCCUGUGAUAUGGAGAACAAAAAAUUCUCUUAUAUAGUAACCUGUGAAGCUCUCAAAAACUACCAAGAUUCCGUAAUAAAUUUUCAAAUAUUUUUCAUAUAUCAGUAUUUUGAAAUACUAUACUUUUGAUAGUUAUCAAUCUCAUUUAUGUCUUUGUAUAAGAUUGUGGAGGACAGUCUUUAAGCAGAAUAGAAAAAGCACAUUAUAUUGAUCAAAUAAAUUUUUGCAUAUUAUUUACAUAUACGGUAGAUCCACAUACAGUACAUAUCUCCAUAUUCCUCACAUAUAUGGUAUGUAACCUACACAUAUUGUACCUCAUAAGUGAAAACAUUUAAAACCAGCAGCAUCGUAUGUACAACUCUUGAGCACUACCAGAUUCACUGCAGGCAGUACCAGGUCCAGUGACUGGAUGUCACUAAGCCAAGCUCACUGUAGGCAGUACAGGUUACACUGGCUGGAUGUCACUAAGCCAAGCUCACUGUAGGCAGUACAGGUUACACUGGCUGGAUGUCACUAAGCCAAGCUCACUGUAGGCAGUACAGGUUACACUGGCUGGAUGUCACUAAGCCAGGCUCACUGUAGGCAGUACAGGUUACACUGGCUGGAUGUCACUCUUGCUAUGGUUUAUUUUCCACUUGGGC